CACGAUUAGAGUGUGUUGCCAAUGCGUAGACAUCGCGAGUGUGUGUGACGUUCGGUGAUCUAAGAGGGUGGGAAAAAAAAAACGACACUAUUUAUCUUCCUGCUAUUGUUCGGUUUUUGAAUACUUGGUACAUUUUCUACCAGCAAACUCGAUCAUGUUGCAAAUUUUCCAUUGAUACGGUGACAAACACGCUGUACUGCACAGGCGAGGAGGUGUCGCUUGGCGUACACACUACACGUUUCCUCGUCAAUUUGCAUUAUCGUGUAUGGGUCGGACAGUGUGCUGGCUUAUAAAUGUGUUAUCGUCGUCAUUCGUCGUUCUAAUUAAGUUGAAUGCAACCAAGCUCUUGGCUUACAUACAAGAAACAGGAACAAAUGCUCUGCAAUCUUCUCGUGAGAUCCGAUGGAUUUAAUUCAAGAAAUCUUUGGAUUUUAUAAAGACUACUUACGUUUUUAGUGUUGAGGUGUUCAGCAACUCUCAUAACAUACAAACAGAAACAUGAAAGGGGAGAAUAGCUCCUUGGUGAGUCAAGACCAGCUGAAUAGACUUGGUCCAAGUAUGCAAUUAAAAAGAAGGAGCACUAAAUCCAAUUUGACAAAAAGCCUUCAAGGUCACCUAGGUGCUGAGCAUAUUUGGUCAACACUGAGGUCCGAUUCCUUGAAGAAACUCCAUUUAUUAGAUGAGAAGUUUCCACCAGAACUCAAAGCAACAGUUAGUGCUCAUGUCAGAGAAGGUCUAACGAAACACAAGAAGCCUGUCUCUCGUAACUUUGUUGUUACUGAUGAUGUACCAGACCUAAAGCAGUUGAUGGACCAGUCCUUUAUCAAACAUAUCAGAAAUCAGAAACACAAGGCACAUCUCAUGUACCAUUCAUCACAGAAAAAUCAUGAUCGUUCAAAAAUUCUAUUAUUUAACAACCCACUACCCAAUUUAGCUGAAGAUGGCAUCAGCAAAUUUCUGCCUGUUGAAAAAAAUGAAUCAUCUGAAUGGAUGGAAAAAGGUCUUGAGGACAAGAAUUCCAUCGACAUAAACAGUGAAACAGAAAAUCUGAAGCCAUUAAAAAGGAAGACAAGACAAGCAGUAACUGUUCAAAGUCCUCUUGGUUCGGAUGUGAGUGAAACAUUACAAGAUAUCUGGUCCACUAUUUUGUCUUACAGACAGCCAAGAAAAGAAACAAGGUAUCAUUUUCUUACUGAAAAAGAAGCCACAGUACAUGGCCAGUUUCGGCAGCGCUAUGAGAAUUAUGACACUCUGUCUACUCAGCCCAAGCCACUACCACUGUGCUUCAAUGAAAAUAAAGUAACUUUGUCUGCACCAGUACAGCAACAGCCCAAGCAGAUUGAAUCACCAUGGCAACCACUCAGUUUACAGGCACUGGUUGAAUACAAAGAACAAAAGAAAACAGAAGGUCAAGGAGACUUUCACCUGGGAAGACCGAAAAUGUGGAAGACUUCCGUCAAAAACAUUGUUGAAGUUUAGAUCACAUAUUUACUUGCUCCUGUAUGAACUAGGCUUUGUAAGAUGUCUUAAAAUGUACAUUUGCAUUGCAGUAUAUGCCUCUAUUUAGCCGUACAUAAUGUCUAUAAUAAAUACUCUUUAUUCAUAUAUCACUGUCAAAUUAACUUGCCAACAAAAUUGUACAUUGAACAUUCCAAAUAGCCUUGAAAGCAUAGAAUAUAUCAUUUAUCACUUUCAGCUACUUUGCUAAGUUUAAAGAGGGAACAGAGCCAAGAUAACCUGUGUUAGUUUGUUAAAAAUUGCAUUGAUGUCUCAAGGACACAACCUAUUAGUAUAGGGUUAGUUGGUGGUGAUAAAAAUCAAUUACUCUUCUGGAAUAAAAUUCUUGAUUUUCCUAGAAAGGUUUAAUAGUACUGUAUUAAAGAGUAUUGUUCUCAAAUGAUUUACUAAGUAUCUAUAUAUAAUUCUCUCCUGUGACAUCAAUUCUAAAUUUAAGCAAAAUAAAAUCAAUCUGUGAUAAGUAGCCUACUCCAAUGUACCAAUCACAAUCACACAUAAUUUUGAACUAAAUAAAAAGAAAAAAAAUCUUCCACUAUAAAUUAAAUAUAAAUUAAGCAACAAGUUUCAUAACUAUUUAAUCCAUUGGGAACUAACAACUUAAAUGAUACAUUUUUAUUUAAUUUGCAUUUUUUUUCCCCACUUUUUCUUAUAUCAAUAAACUGUCUAGCAUAAGAAUACUAUAUUGUUUAUAAAAGGAAAGCAGUAUUAACUUCUUUAAAACUUAACAAUAACUGAACUUCUAUUUUUUCGCAAAUUAAUGAUAUAAUCUUUGAAUUGAUGAGAUGGAUCUAUAAUAAUGUAAUAAAUACAUUGUCUGUGGCAUUUUAUAAUGCAGGAGUCAAUCUUCACCCUUUGCAACUUCUGAUGUGUGCUACUUCUUGAUACACAUUUGUGGUCACAAGUUGGGCAUCUGUAAUCACCAGCAUAUUCACCUUCUUUCCACUUCUGAUGUGUACACCAUCUGCAAUCCAGAACCUGUCUUUUUGCUUGCUCUCCUAGUGGAUCUAUCUAGUGCCCCUAACUUAUCUUAUAAAAUACGGACAUUACUUCAAAAAGAAGAUUUUGUCCUACAUGUGUCUAUAGGUCAAUCUAGUCAAUUUGGGACUGUUGCAAACAAUUUAAUAGAAUGGGAGUUACAAAGGAUAAUUGUGUAACUACAGAUAUCCUACUUUUUUAAAUGUAGGAAACUAAAUUGACUUGACUAUAACACAAUAACCAUCUGCAAAAAAAAUUUAUGUUUUGCAAAUUUCUUUCAAAUUAAGUUUCAAAAAUUGAUGUUUUUGUGUUGUUUUUUUUGGGAGGAGAGGUGGGUUGGCUGCUUGGUGGAUGAAAUAAAGAACAAACAUACCGUCUCAAUGUUUUUUUUGAUCAUGUUCUUUGGUUUAAUAGGAAAUCUAUUUAUGACCUUGUCAACAACAUAUUGUAUUUUACAAAGUACUAUCAUUUAAUUGUUGUUUUUAUGCAUUCACAUUGAAUUCCCUCCUCUAUAAAAACAAAGUUUUUUUGUUUGCUAUGAAUACUCAUUGUUAUUAUUUUUUUAUUAUUGUUAUUUUAAUCUGCUCUUACCAAUACAUUUAAUCUAAACAUAUCUUUGUUAAUCAGCAAGUCUUACAGACAUUUCAUUUUAAAUUCUUAUUUAUGUUUGAUUCAUUGGAAACAUCUUCUAUAACUUUGUGCACAUCAGCUUUUAUCAUUUACAUCUUUGUAAACAUUUUUGUCUCUGAAAUUUAAACUUCUAUUUUCUUUUUCUUAAUCCUUAUCAUCAAUAAUGUAAAAGGGUUUAGAUAAGCCAUUUAGAUAACCUGCCCUCUCUCUGUGAUGAACUGUGCAGUGGAUGGCUGCCUCAUCAUAUUGUAUGUGCCCAUGACUGUUGUCUAAGUGGUCCCAGGUUUAAAUUCUGUCCUCCUGUCCCUUAAUCUGUUGGAGAAUCAUACCUUGUCAGAUACAAAAAAGAUGUUAUUUGCUUCUCUCUCUCUUAUAAUAACUUUCUUUCCUUUGGGCCUAAUAGCAAUUGCUAAUAACAAUUAAAUGGUUGUUUAUAGAAAGCGAGCAAUAUUUAGAGCAACAAAACUUUAAAAAAAAAAUAAUUACAGAAAAAAACAUGAUAAAAUCAAAACUUAAUUUAUAACUAACUUAGUUUUUUAUUAACUUACUCAAAUUUUUAAACAUGUUUUUAUUUCCUUUUUUUUAAAUAUAUUUCAGUAUUUCUUAUGAUUACUUUUUUUUUUGUAUUCUUUUGAACAAAGAAAUAUAUUUUUUUUAAUGUUUCAAUUUAUUGUUGUUUUGUUUCAUAAUAUGUACAGAUUUGUCUUGUCAAUUUUGUUUCUUCCCUUGUACAGCUAUUAUCAUUUAUUACUAUAUCCUACUUAAAUGUAUUUGUUUUAAUUUUCUUAGCUUUUGCGUUGAUGUCCAUUUGUGUAAUUAAAUUGUCUACACUAUUUUUAACUUUAAAAAAAAUAUACCUAACAAUUUUUUUUAAAGGUGUAUUAUCACUAUAUGCAUAGAUUCAGUAUGCUUUUCAUAGUUUAGAUCCAUGCAAACUAAACCCUCUCUGCUGCCUUAUUCUGUUUGACAAUAGAAUUAAGUGCACAUUUACUCAUAGGAAACAAUUUAUCAUUUUUUAUCAAAUAUUGUAUGUAUGUAUAUAGAUAAAUAUUCUUGUUUAAAGACUUCAUAUUUCUAUGCCUGUAACUUUGUUAAUAUAAAUUAAAUCUUCAAUCCGUCCAUUAGGCAGACUUUUUUUUUCACAGAAAAAAAAAAAAGUUGCCAAAAUAAAGUCACUGAUUCCUGGUGCUAGUGGAAUCGUUUCAACAUGUCAGUAUCGCAUGUUGUAAAGGCAGACAUCUUGAUGAACAGUUUGAACAGAUCUGGGGGGACCAGCCUGAGUUUUGUAAUACACUAGGACACUUCUAAUGUAAGGUUUGCAUUUUUUUUCAAUUGGCUGAUAUUUAGGCCUACAAAUAGAACUUCAUUUAGAAACUGGAAACUAAAUUAAAUGACACACACACACACACAAAAUUAAGAUGCUUUAAGACUAAGAUGGCUUUAUUUGAUCCUUUCCUUUUUGGAAGUUUGUUGUGAUUAUUUUUUUUUUAUUAAAAAAACAACAUUCCACAAAAUUUGCAUCAAGUAGAUCUAAAUUACAUAGCUGAAAAGUUGGUCCCUGAGUAGAGCUAGUUUGGUCAUGUGAUCAGACAAGUCCUGUAAUUAUAAGAUGUAUAUAUUCUGCUUGGCUCUUAUGUUAAUGAUGCUCUCUCAUACACAUAUUUAACAUUCUACAUGUGAUGUAUUGAUCUAUUGCUGUCUCAUCUCUUGACUGAUGCAUGCAAGUAUAAGCAUGCUAUUGGAUUAAACACUGAAAUGGAACAGCUAGAAAGAUUUGGCUUGCACUUGCUUUGAUACACAGUGAUUACAUGAUGCAAUUUUUUUUUUCUCUUUCUGUUGCAAUAUUUCAGUACUAUGGUUUGAGACAAACUUAAGUUUUGGUAUCUUAUCUAAACUCUACAGAUCAAUAUUGAUUAAAAAAAAAUAUAUAAAAUUCAAUUUGUCUCAUUGCUGAGGUCAUGUUUACUAUGCAAAUUAGUUAGCCAGUAACCUUUGUUAGCUUACAAGAGACAAUUUGACAAUGGAAGAUAAAAAUUAUAAUUGUUUAGUGAGAGAAAUAUUUAAAGUUCAAUUUAAAAGAAAAAAAGUUUGAAAUAAUAUUCUUUGAAGAUUGGCAUUGCAGUUUGUUACUUGACAAUAUUUUUUUCUAAGAAUUUAGCUUUUUAUUUCUGUUUCAUUUUGACCCCCCCCCCCCUUUUUUUUUUCCUAAACAAAAAGAAAGAUUAAAUAGUUUGUUUUUUUUUUAUUCAAUCUACUUAUUAUUUCUUGAUAAGAGAAGUGAUAGGCCUACAGGGAUGGACUUUAGUCUAAGUGAAAGACUAUGAAGUACAUCUAAAGCUCUGACUCAGAAAGGUCAUUGGGAAAGCAAACGGUUCUUUUGUUUUAAACAUUUUGUUUCUUUUUUUUUUUUUUUUUUUGAAUGAUUUUAAUCUGAUUUUUUUAAUCUUCAAGCAAAUUUUAUAAAACAUAGGAGAUUAUCAUUUCAUAGAGUUAUGAUUAUUUAUAAACUUAAUACAGAAGAAUUUGGUAACAAUUGGAUUUUUUUUUCUCAUUCAGUACCACCUGCUGUUGUUUAUGAAUGAAAUAUGGUGUUAACAUUUCCAAUAAAAAAAUGUUUAUUCACAUCUCUAA